AUGACUCAAACUGUGGCAGCAUCCAGCGUGGGGUUUCCCCAGUCUUUGUUCUCCGACCGCCAUCAGGGCCCAGGGGCCCGUGGCAGCAAGGGUCGGAACGCACUCACAUGGUCCAUGGUACUCCUCCCGGAGAAUGUGGCCAGUCAACAUGGAUACAAGACGUCGAUCUCUGCGGCCUUGAUUUCCCAAGGAGGCGCAGACCCUCGCAAUGUGCUGGCGGCGGGAGCAACAGACAACGGCGUGGCUGCAACCCUUGCCUGGAUACUUGCUCUCUUCUUUGAUCGCCCUACUCAACGCAGGCCCAACGUUGUUUAA